AUGACAUGUGAUCCAUGUCGAUUUGCUGGAAAACCAACACUAGCAGUGAAAUACUGUAAGGACUGCAAAGGACACUUUUGCUUCUUUUGUUCUAAAUCUCACGUGAAGGCGUCGAGGACUAAAACGCAUGAGCUUAUCAGUGUAAGCAAAACUCGGUCCACAAAAAGCUCAACAAGAAUUCAAGAAAAAUGUCAAGAUCAUGGAGCAGUUUUGAUAAGUUACUGUGAGACACAUGAGGCGCUUUGUUGUAGCGUUUGCGCACUGACCAGUCAUAAGGGGUGUAAGAAAGUUAUACAGCUAAGUGAAGCAGCCGUUGGGAAGCGGGCAUUUCGCAUGUGCAAAGAUUUAGAGUCGGCCAUAAAAAGGAUGCAAAAUCACUUUGAAGAAGUGCAAGCCCAAAAACAAGAAUACAUAAGAUCAGUUGAACAACAGCUGGAUGCUGUUGAAUCGUCUAUAAACAUGUUCCGAAAAUCAGUAAACGGAAUAUUAAAUAAUCUUGAAGAUGCCCUAAACAAAAAGAAAGACGACAUUUAUAAAGAGAGAACUGAACUUGUUAAGAGUCACGUGAAGACUUCACAGACUGCUAUCAAUAUUUUAAACGAUGCAUACAAACAGUUAGAUUUCAGUUUAAAAGAAUCGGACUCAGAAAUGUUUAUUAGAACCAAACGUGUUCAGGGCGUUGUGCAAACGUAUGCACAAGUUCUUGCGCGAAUUCAACCGAUGCCUGAGAAAGAGGUAUUUCGUUUUAUUCCUGAUCUUAGUAUUGAGAAAUUCCUUGGGGGACUGAAAGAAUUAGGGGACCUAAAAAUUGUUAUUGUACAGUCAAGAGAAUAUGAACCAUCUAUAGCUUCUUCAAGACAAAGUUCCAGCGACAACAGAAAACCAAAUUUUACCACUGAUAUUAAAGUAAGAAUGAAAACGGACAAGAAAGCUUGUUUCAUAACCGGGGCAACAUUUCUCUUUGAUGGAAGAGUCGUUUUAGCCGACGACUCUAAUAAAAAUGUGAAAUUAUUUGGUACUGACUUUAAAUCCCUUUCCAGUGUACCAUUGGACUCCUCUCCCAGAGAUAUUUCAACAAUAUCACAUACUGAAGUCGCGGCCACAUUGCCAAAUGAAAAAAUGAUACAGAUGUUCAAGGUCGGUGCAAAAGAUAUGGAAAAGAAGAAGAGCCUUGUGUUGGACAUAGAAUGCUACGGAAUAACUUAUUUCGAAACCGAAAUAUAUGUAACGUCCGGCUGGUCGUCUGAAAGAGAAAUUCAAGUCUUAAACCCAUCCGGCGAAUUCAGCAGAAAAAUACGGUUACCAAAAGGUGUCUUUCGAUAUCCACUUUACAUUACUAUAGACCCUAAAUCAAGAAUAAUGUAUGUGGCAGACUAUAUAAACGGUAUAAUAGCCUUAGAUAUGGCCGGUAAGAUUGUGUUUCAAUGUAAGAAUACAGAUAUUGGCACAUAUUACAAAGGACUCACGAUUACUACGCCGGGACAGAUCUAUGUUUGCACGUGGCAACAGAAUGGUGUUCAGCGUGUACAUACAGAUGGCAAGGGUUUGGAAACAGUUUUAACAUGGAAAACAAGUGAUAGACGAAAACCGCUAGCUGCUGCAUAUACAAGUAAAACCAAAAGACUGGUAUUGUCAUUCUGUGGUGAUAAAAGGGACGUCCUCAGUAUAUAUAAAUUUUAUUAG